CUGACAGAAAAUGGCUGACCGGGAUUGUGGGGAUAAUUUCCUUUAGCUUCAAGCGCGGUUUUAAGGGGUUUUCUUACGUCUGUGCGUGCAGUGAUGCAAUUAGCAGAUAAACAAUAAUGUUUAAAAAGGCGAAACGAGCUAACUUUCGACGGAGGAAUGAGUCCGACGAGGACGAGCUGGAGGAUCCUCGUCAGCCGCAGCUGGCGCCGACACUGUUCGGGCCUAUAGGGGGUGAAAUCCCGUUCAUGGAGUCUUCUAAUAACGGCGCUGCGGGAGCACCGGGCGGCACGGAAAACGUUCACAGUAAUGGCUUCCUGGCUAAUGUUAACGCUUUGAGAGCUGUGAAGAAAGAAAAGAAAAGCAAAGAAGCGGUCAACAUCCCGGCGCCGGGACCAACGAAAGCCAGUUUGCUGAGUUUCGUCGAUGAUGAAGAGGGAUCCGAUGUGUUUCGAGUGAAGAAAUCCACUCACAGCAAGAAGAUUGUCAAGCAGCUGAAGAAAGAGUACAAAGAGGACUUGGAGAAGUCUGGAAGUGUCAAACACGACAACAAGUCAGAUGCUCCACUUCAACCUUUAAUCUCCAUCAAAGAGGAAGUUACCAGCAGAGCAGGUAGUGAACAUGGGGAGGAAGAAAUGGAGGUGGACAGUGCUGAUGAGCAGGAGGAAGAGGCGAGGAGUCAAGGUGGCCAGGCACAAGGCCAAGUAACUAAGAGCAACAGUGCUGCAACAUCGUUCAAUACGCUCUCUUCCCUCGGGAGCCUGAGACCAGGUGAGAUCCCUGAUGCAGCAUUCAUUCAUGCUGCGAGAAAGCGCCGACAACUGGCUAGAGAGCUCGGCGGUGAUGCUCCUCUGGUGGAGACAGAGACUCCCAAAAAACGCCUGGGAGGAGAAGAUCAAGAUGCCAGUGAGGACGAAGACGACGAAGAGAAGAGGAUACGCUUCAGCGGAGUCAAGAACAAAAGCCAGAGACAAAAGAUUGCUGAAGAGAUAGGUAUUGAGGGUAGUGAUGACGAGGCGCUGGAUACAGGUCAGGAUGAGGAGGUGAGCCGCUGGGAGCAGGAGCAGAUCAGGAAAGGAAUCAGCAUACCCCAGGUCCAAAGCAGUCAGCCAGAGGACAACACAGUCUACUACCAGAACAGCUACGAGAGCCAGCCCUACGGCGCCUCCUACAGUAUGCCGUUCACCUACAGCACCGUGGCUCCACAGACCUGCAAAGCGACAGGCCGAGCAGACAAUGGCUCUGUUCACUACGGGGUCCCUUUUAGUGAUCUAACCCCCGUAUCGAUUGAUCUGGUAAAGAAACGCCUGCAGGAUAGGCUCAGCCAAAUGCAUGCAGGCCACAACGCAAACGCCAAGCGCUUCAGGCAGAUCGAAGAAGACCUGGCUGCCUCUGAGAGCUCCAUACAGCAUCUGGAGGGCUCGGCCAAUGACAAUGCAGAGCAAUAUAAAUUCUUGCAAGAGAUGCGAGGGUAUGUUGGAGACUUGCUUGAGUGUUUCAGUGAAAAGGUGCCUGCUAUCCUGGAGCUGGAGGCUGCCAUGCACCAGUUACUAAGGCAACGGGCCUCACGACUUGUCCAGAGAAGACAGGAUGAUAUUAAAGAUGAAUCGUCGGAGUUUGCAAGCCUUUCAAGUAAAGCUGUCAUGGCUCCUAGUCUAGAUUCAUUUGGUCGAGACCGAACAGCUUACCAGGAGCACAGUCGUCAAAGGAGGAUAGCAGAAAGAGAAGCGCGGCGAACUCGGCGGCGGCAAGCAAGAGAGCAAAAUGGAAAGAGGGCGGAGCAUAAAGAAGGCUUGUCAUCUGAUGAUGAGGAAACGUCUACCGACGUAACGAGCUUCAACAUAGAGAGAGAUCGUAUCUCAAGGGAGUGUAAGAAAGCAUUUGAGGAUGUGGUGGAGGACUUUCAUUCUCUGGACUGCAUCAAAUCCCAUUUCGAAGUGUGGAGGAGAGACUAUGCGGACUGCUACAGAGAUGCUUACAUAGGCCUCUGUCUGCCCAAACUCUUUAACCCUUUAGUGCGUCUGCAGCUGAUCACAUGGAACCCUCUGGGGGCGAAUUGUGCAAAUUUCGAGUACAUGCUCUGGUUCGAGUCUCUGCUGUUUUACGGCUUCGAGGAGCACAGCACAUUGCAGAGUGGAGAUGGAGAUAUCAGCUUGCUGCCUGCUAUUGUGGAGAAGGUCAUCCUCUCCAAACUGACAGUAUUGGCAGAGCAAGUGUGGGACCCGCUGUCCAGCAGUCAGACUGCCAGUCUGGUGGGCUUCAUUCACAGAUUAAUGAAAGGUUACCCCACUGUGCUGCAUGGGGACAACAGAUACACACAGGAGCUUUUGAAAACUGUUGUCUUGAGGGCCAGGCGGACUCUGGAUGAAGAUGUCUUCCUUCCACUUUACCCCAAAAACGUGUUGGAGAACAAGAACAGCGGACCCUACUUAUUCUAUCAGAGGCAGUUCUGGUCCUGUGUGAAGCUGCUGGGCAACAUCCUGCAGUGGGAUGGUAUCCUGUCCACUUCCUGUCUGAGGGAUCUUGCUUUGGACAGCACUCUGAACAGAUACAUCCUCUCGGCUCUGCAGACCACAGACCUGUGUGAGGACAAUGUUCUCAAGUGCCAGAAGGUCGUGGAGUGUUUGCCCUUGCACUGGUUUUCUGGGCUGAAGGGCCAGCAGACGUUACCACAGUUGGAGCCUUUCUGUCGCUACGUCACCCACCUGGCCAACUCAUUACACCGCAGCACGUUGGGAGUGUCUGAUGUGGAGCGACGCACGGUCAAGGACCAAACUAAAGAGCUUGUGAAGAUGUUGGGCCACAUGAACGCCCUGGACCACAUCGUCAGCGUGGCAGCAGAGCAUGGCGUCAAAGACAUCAAGCAACUUUUGGAAGCGAAGUCAUGAAGGAGGAUUUAGGAAAAGCAACUUUUUAUCAAUCCUACGUCGUGAUCAGCACGUGUGAAACCAUAGGAUCACAGAAAAGGAUUCUUGGAACUCAGCAGUCUUAAUGUACAUGCUGAAAAGAAGAAACCUAGGUGUAAUUAUUGUGAAUAGUGUAUAGUAAGGUGUUCUCACACACUCAUCCACACAAGACUGAUGUUGAAAUGAGGCCUUGUAUUGCAAGCUCUACAAUAUCGCUCAGUUUUACUGCAUGCUAGCAGUGUUUUAAUGCAUAAUUUAUUAAGGGUAAACAGCUAUUGACAUGGAUUACUGGCAUCUUUUUGGAAAAUGUCACAAAAUUGAUGAAACCUUGUGUGAAAAAAAAAAAAAAAUGCUUCACCACCUUUUAUUUCCCUCACAUACUUUUCUCAUUGGUAUGUGUCAAAAAGAACUUGGCCAAACCUUCCCUCACAGUCUGACAAGGCGCUCUCUCUAGGUGUUCUGUGGGACCGCUGGUAUGAUUGUUCUUCAAUCACCCACUCAACCCUUCAUUUCUCCUCUGCCACCCACAGACUCACCCAAUGACUUUACCAGAGAAAAGAGAGCUUUGUAUUCAGAUUUGUAAGAAUUUUGUUUUGGUAUUUUAUUUGCCUGUCAAUAAAAUAACAAUUUGAA